CACCUCUUGAGUCUGCACAAAACAUGCUCCAGUAUUACGCAAUAGAUGGUACAUCAGGCGACCAUUGUAUUCAGAUACUCAUCGGCCAUCAUGGUAAAGACAAAUUGCAGCCUCGACGUCUCCGUCUCUACGAGCGAUCUUGUUGCAGCGCGAGCUGAACUGAUGCGGCUGCAGAACCGCGAGCGGGAGUUACUGGAAGAGCUCCGCAGUGUCCAUUCUGCUGCCCAGGCGCAGAUGGACAGGAUUAACGGUUUCGUCAAGCGCAGACUCCCAGCACCAAUUACCCGUCUUCCACUCUCAGUGCUCUCGGAUAUCAUUCAUCGUACGAUCUGUAACACCCACCCCGUGUCGGACGCGCAUCAUUGCACUAAGAGGGAGCUGGCUAGCGUAUCGCGUUGCUGGAGAGAUUCUAUCCUUAACUGCCCCAAACUCUGGACUACCAUCGUGAUUGGUCCUUCAUGGUCUGCUCCCCUCGUCAUAGCACACGUCAAAAGAAGUGCUACUGUCACUUGCGGAUAUCGAUGGCGCAGUCUUGUUAUUCGAGAGAAUAAUGCGACCCUUCUCUUUGAAAACAUCCGGUACAUGAUGUUCCCUGCCCUGAAACGUGUUGAGAUCUCGGGAACACAGUUCUCCAGCUGUCCGCUCUUUCUUACUUUCCAUUAUGCUCCUGCUCUCGAGCAGAUGAAACUCUUAAAAGGAAGCUUUAUUGACCGAAUUCCAAAUGUUACCAGUCUCCGAUCUGUCUAUUUAUACCUGGACGACGAGAAAGGAAUGUCGGGGUCACUGCUGUUGAGCUCGUUGCUCCCAAUCCAGCAAUUGUCCGAGCUUGGCCUUUCUGGAACUAGCGACGAAUGGCCGGAUGCCGAGAGCAUUUGCUUACCUGUCCUUACGUCUCUAACACUCACUCUCUCUGACCCAUGGCCAGCGUUGGGAGCUUUGGUUACUCCCGGUCUUCUUUCUCUAGCAUGUUCAGAAUCCAAGAUCAGUACACAAACCAUGCGCAGGUGUGGGUGUCCCUGGGCACAUGCCUUCCGAGAUUUCCCCAAGAAGUUCGCAACUGUUCAGCGUCUUUGCCUUUCUGAUUCGACCAAUAUCACGGCACUAGGCGCGCAGGCAGUAUGCGCCGCGUGCCCCGGGGUACGCCGUGCGGAGCUGCCUGCCAAUGUGAUGGAUGUAUUCUUUGUCAAAGACAGUGCUCCUGCGGGCCUCUGGCAAGACCUUAAGCGUUUGACUUUUAGAGGUCUUACAACUGGGACAGUCCCUCGUGAAUUUGUGCGGUGGCUCGUCGCACGAGAGUCCAAUCACAGGCAUCUACUACAAGUUACAUUCAGUGAAUUUAAAACGACAGACAGCCCAGAUGCUGGCGGUUUUUGGCCGGGUUCCCUGUAUGAACAACUGCAUAGUCAUUGUAAAUUGAAGCUGAAAGGAAUUCCACUGAAGGCCACUCUGAACAUGGAUUCAUUGAUGGAUACCCGAGGCACAUCCAGUGUCUAUGAUUCUCCGGGGAUGGUCAAAACCAGGUACUUGUGGUGUUGUCACUGUUAUGACUCGGCUAGGAGUAAGAUAUAA